AUGCUGGUUUAUCCUAGCAGGGAGUUCGGAAUGCGUCCUCGAAAAUCACCAAAGGACAUAUUUAGAAAGCAGAACUAUUGGGCUCAAGGUAAAGAACCAACGCCUUGGUAUGUGUGGGAUUCAAAAUUACCUGUAAACAGGAGCAAGAGCGAAGAAAGGCCAGCAGCUGUAAAGACUGCACAAAGAGAAGAGGAUGGGCCCAGCGGUUUCAGUAACGACCUAAGAGAUUAUCUAAUGACUUCCACGCUUCAUGGACUUCGAUACAUUGGAGAACGAAAACUGACUUGGUUUGAAAGAUUUUUCUGGCUGACAGCUUUUGGGUGCUCUUUAGUAAGUGCAGGAUUUUUCAUAUUAAACAUAUACGCAAAGUGGCGCUCGUCCCCAAUGAUUGUCAGCAUCAACCCUGAGAAUAUGCCCCUCAGCAGCCUGCCGUUCCCCGCCCUCACUGUCUGUAACGUCAACCAAGCCAAGAAGACCGUAGCUGAGAGAUAUUGGGCGUACGGGAACCCGGUUGACAGGAAGCUCCUUCAGAGUUUGUGCUCCACGAAGGACGAUUCGGAAAUAUUCGAAGAUGGAAUAGCGGGCAGAGCUGACUGGGACCAUACCAGAUCAUUCCUAAUUAAUGUGGGUUUCUAUCGUUCUCUCAACGACCUGAACAUAACAUUUCCAUCGCCAGCAGUAGACUGGACACCUGAAGAUGGAUACCCCGUUGAUGCUCCCCCUGAUGGCUUUCCUUGGAGACCUAAAGGAAUUGGCACCCAUCAUGGUCUCACCCUGGUACUGGACGCUAAUAUUGCCGAAUACUAUUGCGCUUCUACGAAAAGUGCUGGCUUCAAGAUACUUCUUCAUAACCCCACUGAAACACCUAAGAUAAGAAAUCUAGGAGCUAUAUACGGUCCCGGUAGAGAAGCAAGAAUUGCGAUUUGGCCGAGGAUAUCAGAUGCACAACCUUCUCUGCGAUCCAUUGAUAUUAAGAAAAGGCUUUGUUUGUUCUCCAGUGAAAAGGAAUUGGUAUUUUUCAGAACUUACACUUUGAAGAACUGCGAAAUGGAGUGUGAAGCGCAAGCUAUGUUGGAAGUAUGCAAAUGUGUCUACUAUUAUAUGCCCAAAAACAAAUCCACUCGUAUUUGUGGGAAAGCAGAUGCGAAAUGUUAUACAAAUAUGAGCCUUAUCAUGCCUGAAGGUCGCGACGUCACAUGCAUGGAGUGUCUGCCAGCGUGCACGGAGAUCGCCUAUAUGGAGAAACUGAGUGACGCACCGCUCACUGAGAAUCUAGUAGAACAACUAGCCAGGACUCUUGGCAAUAGGACUCCUGAAUACUUCACGGAAAAUAUGUUGGUUGUACAUUUCUAUUUUGAAGAAAACACCUUCAUGAGAUUCACAAAAGGUGAAAUAUUUGGACUCACUGAAUUCUUGUCAAACACAGGCGGCUUGCUGGGGCUGUGCAUGGGGUUCAGCAUGAUGAGCGCAGUGGAGCUGCUGUACUACCUCACGCUGCGCGCGCUCUGCUUGAUGCGUCGCCGUCCACAUACACAGCCAUUCGUUAAAUAA